CGUGAUGUUGGUGGGGCUACCGACCCACCCACCCACCCAUUGCCCCAACGACGACGACGAAGACCACCACCAAAGCCACAACGUCCUUCGUCUCGGUCGGAUUGGGCCUGAACAAUACACUUUGUGACGAAACACCCACCCCUACACACAGAGACCGCACACUUCAGUGUUGUCGACCAGUGCUUCCACUGCCUCCCAUUCAUCCUCAUCCUCAUCAGUGGGAUCCUCGAUCGAUGAUCUAGGCCUCUCUUCCGACCACCGACCGAGCAUCACAGGAUGAUCCGAUGUCUUCCACGGGUUCCAGUCGUCAUUUUACCAGCCUUUGGUGGCACCACCCACCCACUCGAUAUCGCAGUGCCAGUGUGAGCGCCCUCUUCGAACGCCCUGGUCCACCCCCUCCUCCACUCACCGGGCUCGGCCCUCAGUUCGGUCGGCUCACCGCGCCCUCGUCCACCCACGCCGCUUGGUCCCUGCGAUCGCGAUCGCAUUGGCACCUACCGCAUGGCCUGGCGGGGUCCGAACCGCCCCAUGCCAGGGCGGACUCCAACUCGGACUGGCGGUCCUGGUCUUCCCGCCUCGGAUUCUGGUUGAGUUCGUUGGCCUUGAGCUUGGCCUCGGCUCUGUUCCUAGCCCAAUGUCCGCGGGCCUUGCGGGCGGCUGAGGCCAUGGAUCCCUCAUCACCGGGAUUGAACGUUCCCCCGCCCCCCCGCAAAAACUCCCGUCGCCAGUCGUACAAUUUCAUCGCCGAUGUGGUACAAGACGUGGCCUCGGCUUUGGUGUAUAUCGAGAUCAAGGAUCUGGGCGUGCGGGACUACUUCACGGGUCAGCCCAUGACCUCGUCCAAUGGGUCGGGCUUCAUCGUCCAAUCCGAUGGGCUGAUCCUAACCAAUGCCCACGUGGUCAUCAAUAAACCUCGUGCUUCCGUCCAAGUCAGAUUGCAAGAUGGCCGGACCUUCACCGGCGUGGUGGAGAAUGUGGAUGUCCAAUCGGAUUUAGCCACAGUGCGCAUUCCCUGCCAGAACCUGCCCGUCAUGCCCCUGGGCACGUCGGCUAACGUCCGUCCGGGCGAGUUUGUCAUUGCCAUGGGCAGUCCGUUAUCCUUGUCCAAUACGAUCACCACCGGGGUGGUCAGUGCUCGCUCUCGGGCCCGCGCGGAAUUGGGCCUCCGAGAUCGGGAGGUGCCCGAAUACAUUCAGACCGAUGCGGCCAUUACCUUUGGCAACUCGGGCGGACCGUUGGUCAACUUGGACGGCGAGGCCAUUGGGAUUAACUCGAUGAAGGUCACUCCGGGUAUCUCAUUCGCCAUUCCCAUUGACUACGCCAAAGAGUUCUUGCGAAAGGCGGCCGACCGCACGAGCCGCUCCCCACCGGUGGGUGAACGCCGCUACGCCGGGAUCACGUUUGUGACCAUCACCACGCAGAUCUUGGACGAUCUUCGGCUGCGCAUGGAGUUACCCAUGCAAGUCCAGCAUGGUAUCGCUGUCUUCCGAAUUGUUCGGGGAUCGCCGGCUCAUCGCGCCGGACUCAUGGCGGGUGAUGUUGUAACGCACAUCAAUGGCAAACCCAUUUUAACGGCCAAGGAUUUCUACCGAUUUAUGGAGGGCGAUGACGACCUCGAAAUGAGCGUUUAUCGAAAGACCAAGAAGCUCAAGUUCCUCGUUCAACCCGAAGUCUUAUGAAUUGCUUAGAAUUCAUGUUGAUCGAUUCACUAGGAUAUGAAAUACAUAGGCAUAUAUAUCGAA